AUGUUGAACCGCUGUAUAUCCCGUAAUGCCAGGCUGCCAGUAAAUUUAAGAGUUGCAUCCCGCUUUUAUUCUGAUGGUCCUCUCGGUGGUGCUGGUCCCGGUAAUCCACAAGAUAUCUUUAUCAAGAGAGAACGUGCCAAAGAGGAUUACUAUGCCAGGCAACAAGAGAGGGAACAAUUAGCACAUGUGAAGGAACAACUUAAAGAACACAAGAAGAAAUUGGAAAAUUUAGAAAACAAAAUUAAUAAUCUUUCAAAGUGA